AUGCCGCCAUUUCCAGGUGAAGACCGUUUACUGACGCUCUUCGUCGACGUCCAUUACUACUUCACGAACCCAACGCCAAACCCCACCUAUCACCGCUUCGAUAAAGGCUCCUAUCUCUACGUAUACCACGAUGCAGCGCGGGGUAGCGCCAGACUAGAGAUUGCGAAUAAUCCAGGUACAAACGAUCAAGAUGCUUUUCAAGGAGCUCUGGAUCAUGUUCACAUGGUCCAUUCGACUAGAUUUCCGACAUUGGUAACUGUGACCGUUGGUUCGCAAGUCGGGAAUUCACCUGUUUCGGCGCAUAGCCCGGUCGGAAAUCAGGACGCAUGGCGUCUUCCGUUUACGGAUCCGAGGGAUCAGAGUAAACACAAUUAUCGACUGCAUACUUUGGAUAUAUAUUUCUGGACUGUGGAAGACGCGGAUCAACUCUUGGAUGCAGCUGCGCGGGUUCUCCCGCCUCAGCAACUGGAGACCGACCGCCAGGCCCAACAGCCUCAGACUGCUCCAGAGCCCGCAGUGAGCCGGGUUGUGGAAAAGUUGGAAAAUGUAGCGAUUACAGAUCCCGCUUACCAGAACGGCAAGACUCGAGAUUCCCGCACAGAGCCUCAGCCUGCUGCCACGCAACCAGCUAAGGCAGACUUCACCCCUUUGGCAUAUAAUCCAGCUGCUCCUGCAGCUCCGGAACCCAUCAAACAUAGGGAAGAAACUCCUCCACCAGAGGACGCCGCAGAUGGUACUGGUCUCGUCGCAGCUGCUGUGGCGGACGAAACUCAACAGUAUCUUCCGGGACAUGCUGCUGCUGGUAGCUUCUCUCACCCGCAGGCGUACGCAAAUCCUUCUCUAGCACAAUAUGGAUAUACUUCCCCGCCUCCCAGCGCUGGAUUAGGACCACCAAGUUACACCGCCGUUCCCGUAGCCAGUCCACCGCCCACCCAAGCAGGCGGCAUGACCUUUGCAGCACCACCGCAAAACCCGAACGCGCAUCUCUUCUCACAGGAUUCCUUCAACCCGCAACAACAUGCCUCUAUUGCUCACCAACACCCGCACCACCCGCACCAUCCGCAAUACGCAGACUACCUCCAAUCCCAAUCUCGGACUCAGACCAAUACUCAAGACCCCACGGCAUCACCCCCGGAAGACCCACGCGUUGCCAUAGCAGGCGGCUACUCGAACUACUCCUACUCCCAACCCGUCCAGCAGCAAUACGGCGCCAUGAGCACCGAAUACGACAUUCACAAUCACAUCUAUAUCCCCACUGAAGCGGAACUAAAGGGAUCGAAACACUCUUCUCACAACUCCAAAUCGUCGGCGAGGGGGACGAAGAUUGAGUCUGGAUUGGGACGGAUGGAUAGUAAAGUGAAUGGGUUUUUGAAGAGGAUUGAGAAGAAGAUUGGUUAG